AUGAAAUUCACUGCCUUGAUCGCAGCCUUCGCUGCGCAGGCCGCUGCCAUCAGUGUCUCCGGCGCUGCUGAGGGUUUCGCCAAGGGUGUGACCGGCGGUGGCUCUGCGAGCCCUGUCUAUCCCCAGACUACUUCCGAGCUGGUCUCGUACUUGGGCGACAGCCAGCCCCGUGUCAUUGUUCUGACCAAGACUUUUGACUUCCGCGGCACUGAGGGAACUGCUAAGAGCAGUGGAUGCUCUCCCUGGGGCACCAACUCCAAGUGUCAGAUCGCCAUCAACCAGAACAACUGGUGCAAGAACUAUGAGCCAAACGCCCCGACCGUCGGCUCCAUCUCCUAUGACAAGGCUGGUGUUCUUGGUAUCACCGUUGCCUCCCGCAAGACUCUCAUCGGCCAGGGCUCCGCCGGUGUGAUCAAGGGCAAGGGUCUGCGUAUCGUCAGCGGCGCGAACAACAUCAUUAUCCAGAAUGUUGCUAUCACCGACAUCAACCCUCAAUACGUCUGGGGUGGUGAUGCUAUCACCAUCGACAACAGUGAUAUGGUCUGGAUUGACCACGUCACCACCGCUCGCAUCGGUCGUCAGCACAUCGUCCUCGGUACCUCGGCCUCCAAGCGUGUGACCAUCUCCAACAGCUACAUUGAUGGUCGCAGCGACUGGUCCGCCACCUGCAAUGGCUACCACUACUGGGGUAUCUACCUGGAUGGUUCCAACGACUAUGUCACCUUGAAGGGCAACUACAUCUACCACACCAGCGGUCGCUCCCCUAAGGUCCAGGGCAACACCGUUCUGCACGCCGUCAACAACUACUGGUACGACAACGGCGGUCACGCCUUCGAGAUCGGCUCUGGUGGCUACGUCCUCGCCGAGGGCAACGUCUUCCAGAAUGUCGCCAACAUCCUCGACACCAGCAUGGACGGCAAGCUGUUCACUUCUCCCUCUGAUGGUGCCAACAAGGCCUGCAGCAGCGCCCUCGGCCGCUCAUGCGUGAUCAACGGAUUCGGAAGCUCCGGCAAGUUCAGCUCCGCUGACUCCAGCUUCUUGUCCAAGUUCAAGGGCCAGAACAUCGCCUCUGCUGCUCUUUAUACUUCGGUUGUCGCGAGCGUCAACGCCAAGGCCGGUCAGGGCAAGCUGUGA